GUCAGGCAAUCACUUGCAAAACCAGCAGGCUGUUGCACGUGUUAAGAAACACGUGUCCUCUAUCUUCUUUUGUUUAACAGUCAGCAUGACUAAGCAUGUAGUCCUUGGUCACUGAAAGUCGUUCCAACAGAUCAAUGAGUAACCAGAUUGUAAAACUGGUUUGUAAAAACUCUGGAAAUCAGAGGAGCAGGUAGAGCCACAGAUUGACAGCGUAUGUUUCUUAAGCAGCUUGCAAACAAUGUAUUCUAAUACAUCAGCUGAGCUCUUAAGAGUGUUAAUAUAAUUCAGCAAAGGCUUUGUGUUCCCUUAACCCUGCCAUUUUUAGUGCAGGAGCCGCUCGCCCCUUCUCCUUGCUCCCACUGUGCCCCUGAGAGCAGUAAGUUUGGAAGGCAGACUCCCACAGAGGAGGGAAGAGGGGAGAGCUUCCAGCCAGGGCUUGUGCAUUCUUCCCAUGAUGCUGAGGCCAGCCAUCAUGGGCUGUGAAAAGGGUGGGAUGAGAGUGACAAAGGACCUGGGAAAACAGCAAGCUGUAAAGCUCUCAGCAGAUGGGUGGCUCAUUUUCUUGCUGGCGCUUUAGAUGUGUGAGGGGUGGGACUCUGAGCUCAGCAGCUUGGCUAAAUGUUGGAGCAGCGCACUUGCAGAAGCACUUCGUAAGACCAGCUUCUAGGGCACUGGCCAGGACUGUGGUAUCUGCAACCUGACUCCGUACAAGAAACCCGUGGGAGCAAGAUUCAAAACAGACAGUCAACAUGAGCACAGCGGGCAAAGUUAUUAAAUGCAAGGCAGCAGUACUGUGGGAAGCAAAUAAACCAUUUUCUAUUGAGGAAGUGGAAGUUGCCCCACCAAAAGCACAUGAAGUUCGUAUUAAGAUUGUAGCCACGGGGAUCUGUCGCUCUGAUGACCACGUGGUGACCGGUGCUCUGGCUAUGCCUUUUCCAAUAAUCCUUGGGCAUGAGGCAGCUGGUGUCGUGGAAAGCGUCGGGGAGAAAGUAACCUCGUUAAAGCCAGGAGACACAGUUAUUCCACUCUUUGUUCCGCAGUGUGGGGAGUGCAGUUCUUGCUUAAGCACCAAGGGUAAUUUGUGCAAUAAAAAUGAUAUUUCUUCUUCACCUACUGGAUUGAUGGCUGAUGGCACCACUAGGUUCACCUGUAAAGGGAAAGCAAUUCAUCAUUUUAUUGGUACGAGUACGUUCACUGAAUACACAGUAGUGCACGAAACUGCUGUAGCCAAAAUUGAUUCUGCUGCUCCUCUGGAAAAAGUUUGUCUGAUUGGCUGUGGAUUCUCAACUGGUUAUGGGGCUGUUCUUCAGACUGCCAAGGUGGAAGCAGGCUCCACCUGUGCUGUCUUUGGCCUUGGAGGAGUUGGCCUCUCUGUUGUCAUGGGCUGCAAGGCAGCUGGAGCUUCCCGCAUCAUCGCCAUCGAUAUCAACAAGGACAAGUUUGCCAAGGCCAAGGAGCUGGGAGCCACUGAGUGCAUCAACCCUAAAGAUUUCAAGAAGCCCAUUCAUGAAGUGCUGACUGAAAUGACUGGCCAGGGUGUGGACUACUCCUUUGAGGUCAUCGGCCGUAUCGAAACCAUGACUGAGGCCUUGGCCUCUUGCCACUACAACUAUGGAGUCAGUGUGAUUGUGGGAGUGCCCCCUGCAGCACAAAAGAUUACUUUUGACCCCAUGCUUCUCUUCAGUGGUCGCACCUGGAAAGGGUCUGUCUUUGGAGGCUGGAAGAGUAAAGACGCAGUGCCCAAACUGGUUGCUGAUUACAUGAAGAAAAAGUUUGUUCUGGAUCCAUUAAUAACCCACACCCUUCCUCUCACUAAAAUCAAUGAGGGAUUUGAUCUGCUAAGGACAGGGAAGAGUAUUCGCAGUGUCCUGGUAUUGUAGGAUUCUCGAUGGCUUAGCAGCAGUACAAACUUCAUUCUCCACCAGUACAACUGACAUGAAUCAGACAUUUCUGAAAAGCAUCACCACCGCCUUCGCUUAAAAGGAUCAAGCUCAGCAUCUAGACUUCAAGCACAGCACUUAGAAUGGAAAUAAGAAACUUUCCUCCCAGCAUACGUUCUUCAUUACUGCUUUCAAGUUUCUGCAUUGUGAUGCCUAUUUCUCUUAAUAUCCAGUAAUGAUAUUACAGUCCUGACUUCUGGCACCAGUGUUAUGAAAAGUUUGGUUUGGUUUCUCACCUUUAACUGUGAAUACUGGGUAAUUGGGAAGAAACAGGUGACAGCCUGCAAAAAAUCAAACUAAGAAUCCUACAGUUUUUCUUCAUUUGUAAUCUGGAAACAGGAACAGAGGCUGCUUCUAUUCAACCACCUCACUAUGAGGCCUGUUCCUAUGUCAGACCACACAGUAAAAAGAAAAAAUUUCUUACUA